GAGGCUGCAAACUGAACUCAGAUCUGUGGACGGAAGCGGAAACUGUGAAACGCUUGGCGCGUUUGUACGAGCUGUUGGCGCCAACCACACAAUUCUUCGAGUACACUGUCAGUGUGAGAGGCAGCACAGAGACACAGAGAGAAAGCUGUUCGAGUAAAUUGUCUUUUUUUUUGUGUCGUUAAAUUACCUCGCAGAUAUGACGAAGCUCACGGAGGGUGCCAUUGAGGCUCUUUCAAAUGGCUCCGGUAUAAACGACGCAAUGCUUCAGUUGGUGAACCUUCGCAAGAUUGAAGGAGGAAACGGUCCGGCUCGCUUUCGAGUGAUGAUGAGCGAUGGACGUCACACUCUGUCCUCCUUCAUGCUCUCCACUCAGCUGAACUUCAUGGCUGAGGAGAACAAACUGGCCCCGAACUGCGUCUGCAUACUGAAGAGGCAUGUGACUAAUAUACUGAAGGAUGGACGACGGGUGGUGAUCAUUUUGGAAAUUGAUGUGGUCAAGCCUGCUGAGGAUGUAGCUGGAAGAAUAGGUGACCCUGUCCCGUACACUGAGGGUCAGAACAAAGGCCCACAGUCGGCACCAGUCCCUGAAAACCGCGCACCAGUCCCUGAAAACCGUGCACCAGUCCCUGAAAACCGUGCACCACUGCAGCAACAGAACAGAAAUGAAGUGAACAGAGGGUUCAAUAAAGAUUUUGGGAAGAAGGCCCCAUCUGCCAUGCCCAGUACUCCAGGGGGCAACUCCAAAAUUGUGCCCAUCUCCAGCCUUAACCCAUACCAGUCCAAGUGGACCAUCCGCGCACGUGUGACCAACAAGAGCAGCAUCCGUACGUGGAGCAACUCUCGUGGCGAUGGCAAACUCUUCUCCAUGGAGGUUGUGGACGAGAGUGGAGAGAUACGAGUGACUGGUUUCAACCAAGAGGUGGACAAGUUCUUCAGCCUCAUUGAGGUUGGCAAGGUCUACUACAUGUCCAAGGGCUCCUUGAAGAUCGCCAACAAGCAGUACACAUCAGUGAAGAAUGACUAUGAGAUGACUCUCAACGGAGAGUCCACCAUCAUCCCCUGUGAGGACGGCUGCGACGUUCCCAUGAUGCAGUAUGACUUUGUCUCUAUCGGUGACCUGGAGAACAGAGACAAAGACGCUAUUGUUGAUGUGAUCGGAGUGUGUAAGAGUGUGGACGAAGUGACCCGCCUCACCACCAAGACCAACAGAGAAGUGUCCAAAAGGACAGUCAAUCUGAUCGACAUGUCCGGGAAGCUGGUGACUGUGACGCUGUGGGGAGAGGAAGCAGAAAAGUUUGAUGGCUCCGGACAGCCCAUUUUAGCCAUCAAGGGGGCGAAGCUCUCAGACUUCGGAGGCCGAUCGCUCUCUGCAUCCUUCAGCAGCACCCUGAUGAUGAACCCAGACAUCCCUGAGGCGCAUAAGCUCAGAGGCUGGUACGAUAACGAGGGUCAUGCCAUGGACGGACAGUCUCUGACUGAGAUGAAAGGUGGCAGCGGUGGAGGAAACGCCAACUGGAAGACUCUAUCUGAUGUCAAGACGGAGCACCUGGGACACGGAGACAAGGCGGACUACUACACCUGCAUAGCCACCAUAGUGUAUCUGCGCAAGGAAAACUGCCUUUACCAGGCGUGUCCCAGCCAAGACUGCAACAAAAAGGUGGUAGACGAACAGAAUGGCAUGUACCGCUGCGAGAAGUGCGACAAAGAGUUCCCCAACUUCAAGUACCGCCUCAUCCUUUCCGCCAACAUCGCAGACUAUGGGGACAACCAGUGGGUUACUUGCUUCCAGGAGAGUGCAGAGGCCAUCCUGGGCCAGAAUGCAGCUUACCUGGGGCAACUCAAGGACUCGAAUGAAUCUGCCUUCGAUGAGGUCUUCCAACAAGCCAACUUCAACACUUUCGUCUUCCGCAGCAGAGUGAAGCUUGAAACGUAUAACGAUGAGUCCAGGAUCAAGGCCACGGUGAUGGAUGUGAAGCCCGUCGACCACAGGGACUACAGCAAGAGGUUGAUCAUGAACAUAAGGAAACUGGCCGCCCAGUAGGAACGUACGAUCUCGGUUGUGUAUUCUGGUUUUCCUUUUUCUUUUUGUACAGCCAACAAACCGCUCUAAACGUAUGACCAAGUUUGACUUACAAACCAAAUGUUAGGUUGUUUUUUUUGUGUGUUUGUUUUGUUUUUUUACUUCUGUGAGUGAGUAAUCCUCGAAGUACCUUGUGAGUGUUCACCUUUUUUUCUUUGUGAAAUAAUGUUUGGUGACCUGAUUCAGAAAACAGUUUUUUUUUGUUGUUGUUGUGUGUACAUAACUGCCUUUUUCUUUCUUUGUUUGGGGAAGCAGAGCAGAAAGAUCACAAAAGAAAUCAUCUGUGUCUGUCUUAAGUCAGCCAGUUGUUCCUGCAUGUAGUGUAGUCAUGCAGGGGGGUUGUGUACGUGUGUGUGCGCGUGCAUGUCGGUGUGUGUUGGCUGCUCUAAGCAGAAGACCAGCACAGUAGCUAGUUUUUUUUUUUGUUUUUUUUCUUCAUUUUUUGACAUGCACUCAAAAUGGCUGGGCUGGACCUGCACAUCCCUGAUAAGACCAUUUGACUCUCACUCCCUCUCUCUCUUCCUUCCCUCCGUCUCACACAAACAUAAGCACGUAUACACAUGCACAGUGCGGACCUAAAGGGGAAAUGCACUGCAUUCUAUUUAAGUAGAUUCAAGGUGUUGACCAUAUUUUCUAUGUCUCUAACUGGUUUGUAUGUUCUGUAGUUCAGUAUUUUUGUGAUUAAUUAACUCAUAAAUAAAAUAAAGACGUUCAUGAUCAAGUUA